AAAAUCAACAUGGUUUUUGAAAAAUCGACUCUUUACUAGGGAGUCUAGGCACACGAAAUCAGUGUUCCAAAAGUUGAUUCACACUUUUACUAAGCGACCGUAAAAAAUACAGCAUGUAAACGCCUUUACAUAAACGAUACAAUUUCUGGAAAUGUCGACAUCCAACCCUUUUCCUUAUUCCGCAUCAUGGCGCCCAAGCUAUCUGACAACUCUAAGCCGACGCCCAGUUUCAAGCAAUCCGACAGUUUCAAGCAGAACCGAUUCUGCUGGACUGUGUUCGGUCUGUGGCCCGGAAAAAUACCCGAAAAGUAUUAUAAAGUCUUUUCUUUCAUCUAUCUUAUCAUCAGUUACGUUGCCUACAAUGCGCUCUUGACUUUAAAUCUUUAUCACACCCCGCGAAGAAUCGAAACGCUCAUACGAGAAAUCAUUUUCACGUUCAACGAAACCGUAGUGGCCUGUAAAUUAUCUAUGAUACUUUACAAAAGAAAAAAAAUCGCCGCCAUUUUUGAAAUGCUUGACUGCGAAGAAUUCAAGGGAAACGACGAAGUUGGUAGAGAGAUUGUUGCGAAACACAACGGCUAUUACAAGAAAUACUUAUUAUUUAACACUGUGCUGUCUAAUUUCACUUAUUUUUCUCAAGUUCUUUUUCCCGUUUUUGGGUUUUGGAUUUUUGGGAACGCGCUGGAUUUGCCUAUUUGCAAAUAUUAUUUUCUCUCGGACCAAACGAGGAAUGAUUAUUUUACUUCAUUAUUUCUUUACCAAUCGUUCUUCAUGUAUGGUCACAUGAUGUAUAAUGUCAAUAUUGAUACUUUGAUCGCGGGUUUUAUGGUGUUAGCCAUAGGUCAAGUGAAGGUGCUCUGUCACGAUUUGGAGAAUUUGAAAAUGGAAAAAUCUAUUGGCGACCAAUCAACAACAGACCUUAAACAACAAUACAAACUCCGUAAGGUUUUGAACCACUAUGAAUUGCUUUUAGAGUACUGCGACAAGUUCCAAGACGUGAUCGGCGGAACGAUGUUCGUUCAGUAUGGGAUCGGGUCCGGCAUCAUUUGCGUCGUCAUGUGCGGUUUACUUCUGCCUUCAUCACUGGAGACACAAAUGUUCAUGGUUGGCUACUUUAUGGUGAUGAACCUGCAGAUCUUCGUCCCAGCCUGGCUUGGAACCCAGCUUACCUACAAGAGCGAAGAGUUGACAACGGCAGCGUACAAAAGCGAAUGGCUGCCGUGCUCCAAACGGUGCAAGAGCAGCAUCAAGCUUUUGAUGGAGAGAGCAAAGAGCCCUGUCAUCAUCACCGGCCUGAAGAUAUUUCCUCUGUCACUAGCUACUUACAUACAGAUAAUGAAAACAGCCUACUCCUGCUUCGCAUUGCUUCGAAUCAUCCAAGACCGCCAAGAACAAGCUGCCCCAUAAUGCCUUUAUCAUCAUCAUAAUCAUCAUUUUAACCUCCAUUCGCCCACUGCUCUCGAUCAUAGGCCUCUAUUCGUGUACGCCACUUAUCCCGGGCCUGGGCUAGUCACAUCCAGAAGUGUCCCGCGAUUAUUCGAAUGUAAAUCUACGGAACAUCGCGCCACACCACAACAUCAGACCUCCGGAGAGGUGAGCUCGGGGCUCACACCCGUAGCAGAGCAAGCACAACUCGCCUCGGAUACAGCCUGAAGCUGCACACGCCAGCUAAGCUACCGGUCGCCUGCACCGCGGCCCCGAAGCCUGGCCCCGCUCAAACGGUAUCAGCAGGCUAGGGAUCGAGGGGUUGAAUAACGAUCGGUAGCGAAGAGCUGGCCUACACCAUCAGCACACACCGUCCUCCAAACGACGGCCAAUUGACCUC